GAAAAGUACAACUGCACCAUCGCGUCGGGCAAGUUUGAGUGCAUGACAGACAUCUUAGAUGCUCCAGCACAUCGGCCGGUAUCAGAGGGAGGCCCAAGCAGCGGAUGGGUGAUUAUGACAAUUGGAUAGCCGGAGGAUGCCCUGAAUGACACCACAACUCCUGGCACCGCUGUCGGUGCAGCAACACCUGCUUUUCCUCGAUGAGCUUGUGCCGGAUGCCGACAGGGCUAGCGCCUAUGCCAGAUUCUGUAAUGAACUAUGGACUCGACUGCAGCAACAGGGCGUUUCGGUGCUGGAGCUAGGCAGCGAUGAGGAGUUCUCAGCUUUCGCGAGAGCGCUGGAGACCUGCACCGUCUUCUUUAGUGCUGAUGAGCCUGUGAAGCAAGGCGCCCAGAGCGCCGUGCCGGGCGAGGGAUACGCAGUUCGGCCGGGCAAGGAGCUGCUCGCAGUCCGGCCCGGCGCGCCCGCGUGGGGCUCGGGCCGCUCUCGCACGCAGCACGCCGCGUUGCAGAAGGCCUCCUCCCGCGCCGACCGGCUGUGUCGCGGCCUGCUGUGCGCGCUGUGUCGCAGCCCCGGCCUGGACGUCCACUCCGGCCGUGUGCUGGGCCUGCUGGAUGACGCGCCGCUGCUGGGCCAGGCCAGCGCCAGCCUGCUGCGCUGCGCCCGCUACAGCCCCGACCCGCACGCCGCACAGCUGCUGGCCUUCGCGCCGCACCACGACCGCGGUGUGCUCACGCUGGUGGCCAGCGCGCAGGAGCAGGGGCUGCAGGUGCAGCUGCCACAGCAAGGACAGGGGGCGGGCGCUGGGGCUGGUGCGUGGGUGGACGUGCCGCUGGGCCCUGGCCGCGUGGCGGUGCUGUGCGGCUACAGCCUGUCGUACGCCCUGGGCGGGCUGCUACAGCCGGCGCUGCACCGCGUGCGGCCUGUGGCUGUAGCUGGCGGUGGCAGUGCUGGCGGAUCAGCUGCUACUGCCGGCGGCGGCCGUGUGAGCCUGGCGUAUGAGCUGUGCUUCCGGCCCAACGCGUGUGUGGACCCAGCCGCCAUCACCCAGGGGGCGGCGGAGCAGCUGCCGGCGGCGGCGGCGGCGGCUGGAGAGGGCGGCGCCGCAAGCAGGCCUGCGCUGCUGACGUCCGCGCUGAUGGAGCGCUUUGAGGCCACUCACCCGGUGUCCAUCAACGGCGGCGUCCGCGUAAAGCAGGCACAGCCGGGGGCCAACACACCGGCGGCGGCAGCGGUUGCGGCUAGGCGGCAGCGUGAGGAGAACGGGACGGCGGCAGGGGACGAGGCACCCGUGGCGAAGCGGGGCCGCCGCUGCGGGGGCCCGGCGGCGGAUGAGCAGGCUGGCAGUGCGGCCGCCGCACCCUCAGCACUGUCGCAGCCGGCGCCAGCAGGCGGCGGCGACAACGGGGGGCAGAUGGAGGCGGCGGCGGAAGGGCAGCAUGGUGACAGCAGGAUCAACAUCAUUGUCAUGGACCUGGACGGCUCGGAGGUGCACUUCCAGGUGAAGCAAACGACCCAACUGCAACGCGUCGUUGACGCCUACUGCAGUAAGAAGGGCGUGGAUGUCACAACGCUGCGGUUUAUAAAUAAAGGGUGCCGCUUCAACCCGUACCUGACCGUCGGUCAGCUGGCAUUGCAAGACGGCGACAUCAUUGAUUGCGUGCCUGCACAAGUUGGCAACUAGGUUCAGGCUUCGUUCCGGCACCAGCGCCGCUUUGCCAUGGGUGCGCUGUGGCAUAUGGUACGGUGUGCGGGUUAGGGAAGGAGCAUAAAUGGCUUGAAGGACCGGCCUUGGGGGUGCUAGAAUGGCCCUGUGGCCCUGUGAUUGUGCAGUUUGAAGUAGUGCGUGUGCGGUAGCUGCUAGAGGCGGCGUGUGGAUGAUAUUGUGGUUCAGCCGCCUGUGUGCGGUUUGGGUUGUUCGACUGAUGGUGAGGGGCCGCUGACGUGCAAGCGCCAGGGUUUGUCUGAUUUAUUGCACAGAAUUGCAGCAGGACGCACGUAGCAAGGGACCCAUGCGCACAGGAAUAGCGGUAUGAGUCGACUAAUCAGGACCGAGCCAGCAUGGGUCAUUGCACGUGAAUAGAGGGUGCUAUGCGCAUUGAUUGGGUGGUACGUGGAGGACAGUCCGUGCAGGCGGGUGGGAGGGGACAGUUCGUGCCGGAUGGGUUGGGUAGACACUGUUGGGUUAGGCACUGUUCUUACUGCGGGAUCCAGUGCGGACCGGUGUAGGGGAGACUGGGCUUGCUGUCCGGGGCAGAGAAGAGGGAGGGAGGGGUUAACCCACGGCAAAUCUGCAGGAAUGUACGUAAUGGAGUGGACCGCGUGGUACAAAUCUUGGGUUGCUUGGUCGGUUCUUAGGUCAAGAAGUGGGUGCCUGCGGCUGUGCCUGCGCGACUGUGUCAUCGGGUUUGACACGGCAAGGACGGACGGCUGCGGCCGUCCAGCCCCUCGCCGCGGCAGUCGCGGUUGGGGGAGCAGCGAGCCUGGAUACCCAGGGGGUCACAGGCAGCUAGGUACGUUACAUCCAGGACCCGUUAUCCGGGCGCUGCUGGAAUGCUGGAUCUUGAGGAUGAGCUGUUGUCUUGUUGAUGGUCAAAGGCAGAGCAGUGUGGACGGGCAGAAGGCGGAGGCGGGGGGGGGGCGGAAGUGGUGCGGAGGCUCGUAGGACUGUCUUGCAGAGGACUGGCACAACUAAGUGUUUGCAGCUUGCUAUUGCAGCUGCUGUGAUACCGCCUGUGCUCGAGUAGGAAGCGGAAGAGUUAUCUGACGCAAGGACGCAAUUGGGAGGAGGAGCGGGCACGGCGGGUGAGGAGCGGGGAAGUAGGGACGUAAGGACGAUGUACUGACCGUGUGAUGGACCAACAUCAGCCUGCAAUCGCUCCGAGUUUGCUCUUUUAUGCAUUGCUUUCUGCAUAUCCGAUUAUGAAGGCAAUUAUGCUGUAAAACAGAAUGACACCACAACUCCUGGCACCGCUGUCGGUGCAGCGACAGCUGCUUUUCCUCGAUGAGCUUGUGCCGGAUGCCGACAGUGCUAGCGCCUAUACCAGAUUUUGUAAUGAACUAUGGAC